UCCAACUUAACAAAAGACGAACACUGAAAACAGGUGCAUUUAUCACUAUAAUAAUAUUUAAUUAAAAUAGUAUCAAUUUCCGCCAUUAACGACCUGGAAGAAAUUCCUUGUUGCAAGAUAACAAUUUUCACAUAUAAACGAAGGGAUGGAUGUUGGUUCUCCUGGGAAUGGAUAUGAUACCAUAAAUGACUUUCUGAAGGAUGAUGACUCUGCACUUCCAGAUGAUCUAGAUGUCGGCUUCAUAGUAAACAAAGAUAUUGUUGACGAUGACGUUUAUAGUGACUCGGGUGUAAAUGAUAAAUCUCAUCUUGAUUUGAGUGAGAAAGAGAAACCAGAAGUCCCAUCACUUUCUUCUACGCUUAGACAUUAUGAUGUUCCUGGAUCUCCUUCAGAAAAAGUCCGUUCCUAUCUUGAAAGUGGGUUCCACCAUGACACUUUGGAUAAAAGAGAUAGUGUAGGUGAUAGGGGGAAGUUCCAUACUCAAUACAAUGAAAACCUUCACCAUGAUGAUUAUGAUAGACCGUCUAGCAGCUAUUUUCAUGAUUCAAUUUUUGAGAUGGAUCCAGAGCCUAUUCUCCAUGAAAAGCAGAAUGAUGAUUCGGACUAUCAUCAGCUGGAACCUGUCUCAGUGCAGGACCACGACAUGCAGCAAUACAUAUUGGAUAAGCCAGCCUCUCCAGCAAAUGCUGAAAUAGGUGAACAUACAUAUGUGGAGGCAGUGCAAAAUGAAUCGGCUCAGUCAGGAUGUGUGUCUAGAGAUACAGAUGAGGGAGUUCCAAUGCACCAUACAGAGAAGUUGUGCAUUUCUCCUGUUUCCCCUUUGAGAGAUCCUGAAACUAAUAGUCAUAAGGUACAUGAAUUGAUUAAUUCUUCACGUGGAUGCAAAUAUUUAGCACCAUCACAUUUUGAUAAAAAAAAUCAUGGCAGUUCUCCAGAACCAGAUAAUGCACCCACUAAAAAUAUAGAAACAUUAGGUUCACCAAAUGUAUCUGGUAGUUCCUACCAAUCGACCGACAUUCAUGAUAUACAACCUGGUUAUCCAGCUAAGUCAAAUCAGCAGAUUUCCAGUCCCACGAAUAAGCAGACUCCUAGUACUAUAGUACCUAAUCAGAUAGAUCCUCCCCAAGCUGAGCCGUUGAACUUGGCUUCUUCUCAUGGAAUGGAGCUUAUGUCUCAGCACAUUGAGAAUUCUCCUGCAGAGCAUGUUAUAACAUCACCAAGUGGUCAUUACCGGGUGAACGGGGAAAUGCUUCAGUCAUCUAUUAGGAGACAGAAAUCCUCUUGCGUGCAUAAGGCAGAUUAUAGAAACAGGUCCUACUCUAGGUCGUCCCGACAUAGUAAGGGUUGCAAGAAGAGGUCACAUGACUUAGGUCCUUCUAUGAGCCACUCUAUCAGAAGUGAAAAGUUAUGUCCUCCACAUGAAGGUCUUGUGCAACCAUUAUCUUCUUCAAAAUCAUCUGAGCAGAAGCAUGCAUCAAGGUCCCCAACUCCUCAAGACCAGCCUCUCAAAAGUCAGAACUCGUCUGCUUCACAAGGAGGUGUGGUGGUGCUGCCGUCAUCUUUGUCUAGAUUAUGUAGGCAGAAGCCUGGAUCAGCAAGGAGGUCUAAUCAUAGGAGGUCCAGUUCAAGGUCACUAUAUAUUGGAGGCGGCCACAAGGAUUUACUUGACGCAUCUCUUUCUGUAGACCGGUGUUCAAGAAGUCAUAAGGUAUCUUCUUCUGGAGAAGGUGACACACAAUUCCCAUCUUCUAGAUCAGUUGAGCAGAAAAAUAUAUCUUCACUGAUGCCUCAUCGAAAUGGUUCUCGAUCAAGGUCUCCACAUACUAGAUACCAUCACAAGAGGCCACGCGAUACAGCUCAAACUGAGCAGCUGUCUCAGAGAAAGAAACUCUUUGCUUUGCAGGGUUCAGUGCAACUGUCAUCUUUGUCAAGAUCAGGAAAGCAGAAGCACGAACUGGACGAUAAAUCUACCUCUUUCGGAGUGCUAUCAAUGUCACCUCAUAAUGGAGACCAUUGCAAGACAUCAUUGUUUCAUGCUGAUAGUUCUACAGGAAGGUUGCACAGCAGGCAAAAGGAAUCUGCGCUGCAAGGAGAUCACGGACAAUCAUCUUCUUCAAGAUUGCGCAGCAACAGGCCUGGAUCAGUUGAGACAUAUAAAAGAAAGAGGUCCCAAUCAAGGUCUCCAUGUACUGGAGAUAACAAGAGGUCAAAGCGUGCACACCACCCUUCCAGCAGUCAAAACGUUUCCGCGCAACACGAAUCCCUUUUGCAACCAUAUGAGUCAGCCGAAAGGCAGAAUCUUGGUCUUUGUUCUGCUUCUCCUUGGAGUUCAAGGCAAAGGCCUAUAAAUAGUUCUUCGGCAAAAGGUGCCCCUGAAUUACACAGAAAUCAUUGCACACACCAUAAUCAUGGGCAUCGAGGGAGGUCAAUAUCGCCAUUACAUAUCAGAAGAAAGGAUUUCUCUAGGGAAUCCAAAGUAGAUAUUCCAAAAAGAUCUCUGUCAAAGUCCCCAGGUAGAAGAGACAUUGGCAAGUUUCCAAGGAAAAGGCACUCUCCAAGGCACAGAUCUCCUCAAAGUUAUCAUUCUCUUCGUAGUACACCUAGAAGAACUCACUGGUCACCACCUCAUGACAGGAGCACUGGAUUGGGUAAACCCGGUAGAGGUCUAUUUGUUGCUGGGUUCAGUUUUAUAACUACUGAAAGAGAUCUGGAGAGGAAGUUUUCCAGAUUCGGACGUGUGCGAGAUGUUCGUAUAGUUCGUGACAAGAGGUCUGGAGAUUCUCGUGGAUUCGGGUUUUUAACACUGGAAAGAGAUGAGCAAGCAGAUGCCGCAAUCAGAGCCCUGGACAAGACGGAAUGGGACGGUCGGAUCGUCCUUGUGGAGAAAUCAAAAUCUCAUUGAAGAGAUAAGGCAAGGCGGAUUGGAUAUCAAGACUGAUCUUGUUAGUCCUGCCACUCAAUUUUGUUUGUCUUUAAGAUAUUCAUUUUUCAGAUAAUGAGUAGGACACCGAUGAAUUUAAGCAUUAGGCAUAACGUUUGGUAGAUGAUUUUGUUCCUGGAAAGCACCUGGAGAAUAUGGUUAAUGUGUGCACGUAACACUCGUGAAAGAAACGUGGCCGUGACUACUCAAAACCGCGUAUUCGGUUUAGACAUUUGCUGCUGUUUUUGUCCUAGUUGCAGUUGCCGGAACUAUGGAUAGGAAGGAGUCUACGCCCCCAAUAACAAUGACAACAUUAAUGCAGACAACGUGUCCUUAUCUGUAAAUUCCCAAUUCUCAUGGAAAAUUCAAGUACAGAUCUUCUUACA